CUCAUCAAACCUGAUUCACUGCAGCUGUGAAGGACUUUAAGUCGCAAACCCGGACAGUUUUGAUUUGAAUCAAAUCACAUCUCACUUUUCCACGACCCGGGUUGCGUGGAGAAGUUCCGGACAGCCUCAGCACGUUACUUCUUUUUUUUUAAACUGCAGAUGUGUGAACCUCACCGCGCCCCGUAGCUGCGCGUGUUUCUACAGAUCGGACCGAAGCAUGCGGGUUAUUUGACAGAUCGGCCCACCGUGCAGCAUGGCCUCAGCCACCUCCACCCCCGCGGCCCCCGGCGGCCGCUCCGCCCGCUCCGCCGCCUCGGGCCGCCGCGGCGCCGCCGCCGCGUCCAGCCCCAGCCCCACGCGCCUGACCCGCAUCCAGGAGAAGGAGGACCUCCGCCACCUCAAUGACCGGCUGGCCAACUACAUCCAGCGGGUCCAGGACCUGGAGAGGGAGAAGUCCUUCAUGCUCACCCAGCUGGAGGACAAGGACGAGUCCAAGAGCCGCGAGAUGGGCAACGUGCGGCGGCUGUACGAGGAGGAGCUGGCCGACGUGCGGAGGUCCCUGGACGGGCUGGCCGGGGAGAAGGCCCGGCUCCAGAUCGAGCACGGGAGCCUGUCCGAGGAGUUCAAGAAGCUCCAGGCCAGGACCCAGAAGAAGGAGGGCGAUCUGGCUCACGCUCUGACCCAGUGGAGGAAAACGGAGGCAGCCCUCAACGCCAAGGAUGCCGAGUUCACCAAGCUGCUGUCUGAGCACAGGAGGCUCGACGAGGACUUCACAGACCUGCAGGGACAGCUGGAAAACGCCGAAGGAACUCUGGUAGAAACGAAGAACCAGCUGAACGCUGAGAUCCUGAGGAGAAUCGAAGUGGAGAACCAGCUGCUGACGGCCAAAGAGCAGCUGGAGCUUCAGAAGAACAUCAGUGAGCAGGAGAUCUUGGAGAUCAGGAGCCGACACGAGAGCCGGCUGGUGGAGGUGGACUCGGGCCGCCGGAUGGAGUUCGAGGGGAAACUGAUGGAGGCCAUGCAGAAGCUGCGCGAGGACCACGAGGCCCAGCUGGGGCAGUACAAAACGGAGCUGGAGAAGACGUUCAGCUCGAAGUUACAGAAUGCGAAGCGAGCUGCGGCGGAGAACAGCGACGCCGUGUCGGCCACUAAAGAGGAGCUGGAGACCACCCGGCUCAGAGUGGAGACCCUCAGCUCGCAGCUGCAGCAGUACCAGAGCGAUAAAAUGAUGCUGGAGGGCCGAGCGCAGGACCUGGAGCGCACGCUGGACCGCGAGCGCGACGCCUGGCAGCUGAAGCUGAGCCAGAAGGAGCAGGAGCUGCUGGAGCUGCGCAGCCGCAUGUUCAGCCAGCUGGAGGACUACGAGAACCUGCUGGACGUCAAGCUGGCGCUGGACAUGGAGAUCAACGCCUACAGGAAGAUGCUGGAGGUGGAGGAGCAGAGACUGCAGCUGUCUCCCAGCCCGUCGCAGCGAACCACUGCGCCCCGGACGCACGAUCACGGCAACCGAGGAAAGAAGCGGAAGUACGAGGGCCCCUCAAGCAGCUCGCCGGCCUACAAGAUGUCCACGUGCUCCUCGGAGCGCGGCGCGGUGAGCGUGGAGGAGAUCGACGGCGACGGGAGAUUCGUCAAGCUGAAGAACAGCUCGAACACGGAGCAGCCGCUGGGCGGGUGGGUGGUCCGACGAGUCAUUCCGAACUCCGCAGACAUCUCCUUCCACAUCCCGGCCCCCUGCGUCCUGGCCGGCGGCCAGACGCUCACGAUCUGGGCAGCAGGCGCUGAGGCUGAAGCUGAUUUGGAUGAUCUGAUUCUACAAGGCCACAAAAGCUGGGGGUCCGUCAUCGACGUCAGGGUCACCCUGCUGAACUCGGAGCACGAGGAGGUGGCUGAGCGCCGGAUGCACAUGCAGGCUCGAGGCUACGAGGAGCCGAGUCUGGACUUCGAUGAGGAGCUUGUAGCCGGAGCCGAUCUCCAGCGUCUGAGGCGACAGCCAAAGAAAAAGAAGUGUUGUUCUGUGUCGUAAGGCGACCGGGCAGGAUCUUCUGUCGAAGGAGGCCAGCUGUGCCGUGAUGUGACCCGCCUGGAGAACCUGAACCUGACAAGGACUAAUUUAAACCAUUGUAUGUGUGACUGUGAAAUAAAGUUUU